AUGCAGAAUCCGAGACUGAAGCAACAUCAACAGCAACAGCAGCAACAAGCUCUGAUGCAGCAGCAAGCUCUGAUGCAGCAACACUCUCUUUACCAUCCUGGUGUCUUGGCCCCGCCUCAGUUAGAGCCUGUUCCAAGUGGGAACCUUCCUCCUGGUUUUGAUCCCAGUACUUGCCGUAGCGUGUAUGUGGGAAACAUCCAUACACAGGUCACAGAGCCUCUUCUUCAAGAGAUUUUCACAAGCACUGGCCCUGUUGAAAGCAGCAAACUCAUCAGAAAGGAUAAGUCAUCAUAUGGAUUUGUUCACUACUUUGACCGAAGAUCAGCUGCUCUAGCUAUACUGUCUCUGAACGGAAGGCAUCUUUUUGGACAGCCUAUCAAAGUCAAUUGGGCUUAUGCCACUGGUCAGAGGGAAGACACAUCAAGUCAUUUCAACAUUUUUGUCGGAGAUCUCAGUCCAGAGGUCACUGAUGCGGCUUUAUAUCAAAGCUUUUCUGCUUUUUCCACUUGUUCGGAUGCAAGAGUUAUGUGGGACCAAAAAACUGGACGCUCAAGAGGCUUUGGCUUUGUUUCCUUCCGUAAUCAACAGGAUGCUCAAACUGCCAUAAAUGAGAUGAAUGGUAAGUGGCUAAGUAGCAGACAGAUCAGAUGCAACUGGGCCACAAAAGGCGCUACUUCUGGUGAGGACAAGCACAGCUCUGAUGGAAAAAGCGUUGUGGAACUUACAACUGGCUCUUCAGAGGAUGGUAAAGAGGCCUUAAAUGAGGAUGCUCCAGAGAACAACUCUCAGUAUACCACUGUUUAUGUGGGAAACCUCGCUCCAGAGGUAACUCAGCUUGAUCUACACCGCUACUUCCAUGCUCUUGGUGCUGGAGUUAUUGAAGAGGUCCGUGUCCAACGAGACAAAGGCUUUGGUUUUGUGAGAUAUAAUACUCAUCCUGAGGCUGCUCUUGCUAUUCAGAUGGGCAACUCUCAGCCUUACCUCUUUAACAGACAGAUUAAGUGCUCAUGGGGCAGCAAACCAACUCCACCAGGAACAGCCUCAAACCCACUUCCUCCACCUGCCCCAGCACCAAUGCCUGGUCUAUCUGCAGCUGAUCUCUUAGCCUAUGAGAGACAGUUGGCACUAAGCAAGAUGGCUUUGAUGCACCCACAGGGUCAACACCCUAUGAGGCAGGCAGCUCAUGGAAUGAAUGCAGCUGGAGCCACCGCAGCCAUGUACGACGGUGGCUUUCAGAACGUAGCCGCUGCGCAGCAGCUCAUGUACUAUCAGUAA